GUGGUUUGUAAAUGGUUUUUUAUUUCAUUAUUUGUGAUUGAGACGAUUACAUUUUUCUGAGAAAAGAAAAGAAAAGAAACAAGUGUAAGAGAGAGAGAGAAAUAUAAAAGAUUUUGAUCCUUCAUCCAUCGGGAAAAAGAAGAGAAGACCAUUUGACUACUAAACCUAAUCAAGCAUGGAUCAAGAAGAUUUCAUUGAAGAAAUAGUCGAUUCUACUGAUUCUGAAGAAACUGUGGCAGAGAUUCAGAGUCCACCACUAUGUAGGAUGUGUCUGGAGGAAGAUGGGGAACUAACUCAUUUGGGAUGUUCUUGCGAGGGUAAAUUAAAUCUUGCUCACGAACAAUGCGUAAUUAAAUGGUUUACAAGCAAGCAAAACAAAAUAUGUGAAUUUUGCAAGAAGGAAGCGGGAAACGUUAUAGGAGAUUUCAACUUCAAAGGUCUUUCAGGAGUAAAUUUGAUUUUUAUUUGUUUUGCUUUGUUUAUUUUGUUUGGAUUAAUUUCGCUAUUGGCGUUGCAUUUAUUUUCAGGUUAGUCUUUUUUCUUUUGUCUUAAUAUAGUGUAUUGAUAGAGUUUUUUAGUUAAAAAUAUAAAAAUCCAAAUUUCAAUGUUUUAAA